AAGCGUGUACUCUCUCUCUCUCUUGGUGGCUAUGAAGUAGAGCGAGAGCCAUCUUCAUCCCUAUUCUCCCCCUGUCUCUCUGCCUUCAAACAGAUUAAUAAAGUAGCACAAGCGAAAGAAGAAGAAGGAGAAGAAGAAGAAGAAGAAGAAGGAAGAGGAGGAGGAGGAGGAGGAGGAGGAGGAGGAAGAGGAUGCUAAGGACGAAGAAGAUGAAGCAGCGCUUCACCUUCUUCUCCUUCUGCUGAUUCAUGGCGUCUUCUCAACAUCGCUGCGUUUUUGUUGGGAAUAUACCAUACGAUGCCACUGAGGAGCAGCUUAUAGAAAUCUGCCGGGAGGUUGGUCCUGUUGUGUCUUUCAGAUUAGUUAUUGAUAGAGAAACUGGGAAACCAAAAGGUUAUGGGUUCUGUGAGUAUAAGGAUGAAGAGACUGCUCUAAGUGCUCGUCGUAAUCUUCAGGGUUACGAGAUCAAUGGCCGACAAUUACGGGUUGAUUUUGCUGAAAAUGACAAAGGUGCUGAGAGGAAUCGAGAACAGGGCCGUGGGGGACCUGGACUUGCUGCUAAUGUUGACCCUCAAAAACAGUUAUCUGGCCCAGCGAUUCACGGAGAAUCUGUUCACCAUCAGCCAAUUGGCCUCCAUAUAGCUAUAACUGCAGCAGCUGUCAUGGCAGGAGCUCUAGGUGGUGUUCAGGCUGGUACACAGUCAAAUCAAAAUGGUUUGCACAGUCAGUCAGCAUUGGCCAACGACCCUUUAACUCUUCGUCUGGCCAAAAUGUCUAGGAGUCAGCUGAAUGAAAUAAUGUCUGAGCUGAAAGUAAUGGCUACACAAAACAAGGAACUAGCUCGCCAGCUAUUGCUUGCAAGACCACAGUUGCCAAAAGCUCUUUUUCAGGCACAGAUAAUGCUUGGAAUGGUGACCCCACAAGUGUUGCAGAUGCCAAAUAUUCGGCAGGCUUCAGGUCAUCCCACACAGCUUCCAUUGCGUGAUAGCCAGCAGGCUCAGCCACCGUCAGUUCAAACUCUGCCUGGGCUACCCCCUCUUGCACAGAACAAGAUGCAGUCUGGUUUGAUGCCCAAAGUGCAAGAAAGUCAAGCUUCGACAGUGUCUCAAAAUCCUUCGGUUCACAACCAAUUUUCUUCACCCCUACAACCUCGAAUUCAGCUUCCACAACAUGCAAACAACCAUAUUGUACAACAGGCCACAGUUCUGGGCCAGUCUACAGUUUCAACACUUCCUCCUGUAUUACCCAUAUCUUUAAGCAGUUUGUCCUCUAGACCGCAAAUACAGGGGGCAAAUUCCUCUUCUCUGAACCAUCAAGUGCAGCCCCAUAUGCUACAACGGUCCGGACAGGUUGGGGCUGCCAAUUUAGGACAUAGCUUUCAGAUGGCUAAUCCAAAUGCUAGAACACAAUCUUCUGUUUUACCUCAUCCUCCCUUAUCAGAUGCAGGCUUUCAGGCUGGCCCCUCAGUAUCGUCAGGUAUUCCACAGGCAAUUAACAAGGAUAAUGAUAAAUCUACUCAAGUCCCGGACAGUGGAACUCGGGCUCACAGAAGUAGUGCAUAUAUAAAUACGCUGUCAGGAAGCAUGGUUCAUGAUUCUUUAGAAUCAAUUAAUCGCCCUCCAAAGCUGAUGAAAUUGGAUGAUGGAAGGGGCUCCUCUUUCUCAGCGGGGAGUUUGAAUGUGUCCAAUACCACUGGAUCUGGACUGUCCAAAGUUUUUGGAGUCAGCUCAUUGCCUGCAAAUCUAGUCCCGAAAGCAGAAGCACAAUACUCUGAGAAACAAAUUUCUCAGCUUCCAGCUGAGGUGGAGUCUGUCUUACUGCAACAAGUGUUGAACCUAACACCAGAGCAGGUGAGUUCAUUGCCUCCAGAACAGCAACAACAAGUCAUUCAACUUCAACAGGCUCUUCGGCGAGAUCAAAUUCAGCCAUCUUAGGAGACGGAGUGAACAUGACCAGGUCAUCACUGCAGCAAACUUGUCUUGGCACUUGGCAGUUCAGGCUCAAUUCUUUUUCUUGCAUGAGGGACAAGAGCUUGCUAUUGAUUCAAUCAGGUUCUGAUUGCUUGUAUAAUUAUUGAUCUCACGGAUCCGGGCAUGGGGUCCAAAAUGUGUGAGCCUGCAUUCGUGUAAAAUUUAUGAGCUUGUGAUGAACAUGCCUGAAAGCAAUAGUUAGAAGAUGAGAAAAAAGUUUUGUUUAA